AUGAGAAGACUGUUGCUGCAGCUUCUGCUACUGUCGGGAGUGUCUUUGGUCAGUGCCUUUUCUUCUGCAUCGGCUCCACUGGCAGCCUCGUCAUCGUCCACAGCUGCAACACUAACGAGGUCGCGGCACUUGUCGGCCACCAAAUCGCCCGAAGAAUCCACGGCAUCCGCCCAAUACCAAAGUGCCAUGACUUCAAUACUCGCGAAAGAAUACACCGAAGAUGAUCUCAAAGACGCACUGCAGGGCUUGCUAUCAGAUAGUCUGGAUCCAGAGUACGAUGCUAGACAUAUUUUUGGCCACGGCGACCCAAACCACACCCUGAGCAUGUUGCAAAAAAUUACCGCAACUCGUAUCAAGGAUUAUGUUCAUAUCAUGUCCAAUUCAGAAUCUCCUUCGGAAGAACAACUCCUCCAACAAGCACGAGAU